AGUGGCACACCACAAGGUGAAAUGAUGUCCCAGCAAUAUAAUGAGAAUACGUUUAUCUUAUCACUAAGGACAAUGUUCAAUGAUGAAUCCUUCAACGAUGUUUUUCUUUCUGUUCUUCACCAGUUUCUUCAUAGAGCAUGUUUCAUCCACUGCAACUCAAGUAUCUGAUGAUUAUUGCUCUUCAAUCUUCCCUGGCGUUGUUCCCGGCUCUGGAUUUGGCAGUUACACGAUUGAAACGGAGACUGCUCAUGCUGGUUUUUACCUUGGUGGGAAUCCAAAUCCAAAUCCAAAUCUAAACUACUUAACCAGCUACACAAACUCGUUUUCAUUCAGCAUCUCUAAGAUACGUAAGACUAACAAAGAUAAUGUAUUGAUGAUCGGAGCAACGAUGGCCCCCGGAGGUCCUCUCAUGUCAGGAAGUUAUUUUGGGCGAAAAGUUUCAUAUUCCUGGUUACAAGGCUUCUGGUCAACAUCUUCUGGGGAGCUUUGUGUGGUUGGGACAGUUGAUCUCUCAGUAUCAGGUAAUCAACCCUCUCUUGCUGCUGCUCUUAAGCUUUAUAAUUUCAAGAAUUCGAGUAGCAUCACUUCCUUGAUUAAUGGAACUUUAGAGUGCUUGAGCUCUACUCAUGACAAAAAUUAUUUUGAGCCAUUUUUCAUAUUGAUGAUUCCACUGUUGGGUUAUGAGUACACCCAUGUUCCGGGGAAGUCUGGAGACUGGUCUUCUAGCGGAACAUAUGAUAAGGUCCCAGUGACAUGUGAUUUAUAGUUGCAGGUGGAAUUCUAGUGCUUAUGUUGCUGUUUACUAGUUAGUACUAUCUGCUAGUCUUAUGUAUGGAAAUGGAACCAUAACAGUGGCAUGUGAUUCAGAGUUGCAGGAGGAAUUCUAGUGCAUAUGUUGCUGCUUACCAUCAAGUACUACAUGCUAGUUUUAUGUAUGGAAAUGGAACUAUAGUAUUUUCCUCUACUCCUACAUGCUUAUAUACUUUGAGCAUGGACAUAUUUGUAUUUUGGUAACUUUUAUAAUGCAUACAUACUCCAACACAACACAGUGCUUCAUGCAGCAUUUGUACAUUUAGGAGUUUUCUAUUGAAGAUGCAUCCUUCCCCGGAGAUUUAGGGAGCCUAAAGCAUAUGAUAAGGUCCCAGUGACAUGUGAUUUAUAGUUGCAGGUGGAAUUCUAAUGCUUAUGUUGCUGCUUACUAGUUAGUACUAUCUGCUAGUCUUAUGUAUGGAAAUGGAACCAUAACAGUGACAUGUGAUUCAUAGUUGCAGGAGGAAUUCUAGUGCAUAUGUUGCUGCUUACCAUCAAGUACUACAUGUUAGUUUUAUGUAUGGAAAUGGAACUAUAGUAUUUUCCUCUACUACUACAUGCAUAUAUACUUUGAGCAUGGACAUAUUUGUAUUUUG